UCGCUUAGACGAGACACUUCGCAUCGAACUAGAGACAUAUACAGAGAAGAAAACAAUGGCAGGAGAAGAGGAUGGAGAGUUUUACCUUCGUUAUUACGUGGGACACAAGGGGAAGUUCGGUCACGAGUUCUUGGAGUUCGAGUUCCGGCCAGAUGGUAAACUCCGAUACGCCAAUAAUUCCAACUACAAGAACGACACUAUGAUCCGCAAAGAGGUCUUCCUCACCCCCGCCGUCCUCCGCGAGUGUCGCCGCAUCAUCUCCGAGAGCGAGAUAAUGAAGGAAGAUGAUAACAACUGGCCAGAACCUGAUCGUGUUGGACGACAGGAGCUUGAGAUUGUGAUGGGAAAUGAACAUAUUUCCUUCACUACUUCAAAGAUUGGAUCUCUUGUUGAUGUGCAGAGUAGUAAGGACCCUGAAGGGCUUCGCAUUUUUUAUUAUCUUGUUCAGGACUUGAAGUGCUUCGUAUUCUCCCUCAUCUCACUCCACUUCAAGAUCAAGCCCAUAUAACAACAUCAUGGCUUCUGUUAUACAUCGACUAUUUCAGGGUUUCAUGUUUGUUCUUGUAGCAGCUGCUUCUGUAGUAUGUAGGAUUUGCCAUUUGACAUUUUUUUGCCUUUGUUAUUAUCUGAGCCUUUGUGUGGUUUAUGUGAGGAUCUGUGGAUUUGGAAUUGUUGGAUGAAUCGGAAAUUGUUCUCAAUUAUGAAGGCUUCAGGUUUGGUGAAUGCAAAUAUUAAUUCUUCUUGAUC